GUUAUCUUCCUGUUAACUCCCUAACGGAGUCAUCCCACCCCAUCGUCACUCCGAUGAUUAGUGACUGGAAAACUAUCUCAAUUGCCAGCACCUGUGACACCAAUCUCUGCUUCACCACCUGCGAUCGCUCUUAAUAAAACUUGCAAUUUCAUCCUUUAAUUUUCUUUCUCUCUCUAUCCCUCCAUCAACACUAGAUCUGAACAUUUUUCCUUCCAAUUUCUCUCUUUUGCUGGGUCAAUCGAAGGAACCUAGCAGCGGCUGCUUUCCUGAACUUGUAUGCCGUCAUCCACCUAAAAAUUCCGUUCAAUUCCCGUCCCAGAAAUUCGAAUUAGCUUCUGAAAUUGUUUGCAAAUACGUCUUGCUUUUUUGAGAAGAAGGGUGAUGAGUUGAAAGAGAGUGGCGAAGUCGCUUCAAGCGCUUGUAGCCCAUGCCCUUCUCUUCUCUUUCAUGCUUUUGCUCACUUUCAAGCUUAAUUAUGCUGUCACUUAUUUUUGGUGAAAAUGCUUGAAAGGAAGCUACCUGAAGACGUUGUUAUUGAUAUAUUAGCCCAAUUGCUAGCAAACUCACUAGUGCGAUUCAAAAGUGUGCAUAAAUCGUGGUAUGCUCUCAUAGAAAGCCCUCACUUUGUCACAAUGCAACUCCAUUAUCAAGAUAGAGAUGGUAUUAUGAUCAUGGCUAAUCCAGGAAUUAGGGAAUUUAGGUUUCUUCCUGUAUCAUGUUUUCCUCUCCCUAAUAGCAAUGAAUAUGAUCAUUAUCUCCGCCCACGUAAGACACAUGUUGUGGGAUUGGGCUUUGAUUGCAGAACUAAUGAUUGCAAGGUUAUUAGGAUCUUGGAGAUGGAGAGUCCUUAUCUUUCUCCUGGUGAAGUACAGGCUGAUGUAUAUUGCUCAAGCACCAAUAUUUGGAGAGAAAUUGAGUACACAGCUUAUUAUUGGCCUGCCACAAAACGCACUUUAGUGAUGAGGUCUUUGAAUUUAGAAAAAUUCCAGAACACUUACCUUGGUUUUAUGAUUUGAUUGAGUUUAAUGAGACACUAGCUUUCAUUUCAUAUCCUCACCCGGAACAAGAGAUGGAGAAACGCUUUGACAUUUGGGUGAUGGGUGAAUAUGGUGCCAAUGAGGUUUGGACAAAGCUGUUUUCUACCAAAGCUGUACUUGAAGUGGACAGGGCUUUGGGAUUUGGGAAGAGUAAUGAACUCUUUGUAUUGUUAUCAAGUGGGCUGAUUGCAUCUUACAAUAUUGUUACCAACCAAAUGAAGACUCUAUUGCCAA